GCUGAUAGCAACACUAUCGAAAGUGUGCGACCACUCGAUUGCUUUUCAUGUAAUAUCGAAUAAGUCACAAGACCAGUCAGCUGAAUUUCGAUAUUCUGCUUGAAAUUGUGUGCACCCAGCGCGCAGCACCCUUAUUGUGUACCACUCGAAACACCGUUAAACAGCCAGCAAAAUGACCACCGCACUUUAUUUGCCCGAGGAAAACAUUGAUAUGAUUGCUGCCACCUCGGUGUUGCAGCAGCAGGCAGCCGAUAUACGUAGCCGUACUAUUACAUGGGCAUCGUAUAUGCAGUCGCAGAUGAUAAGCCAGGAGGAUUAUCAGGCCAUCAGUGCGCUAGACAAGCAACGCUCCGCUUUUCUGACUGAGAAUCCUACACAGGCAGUGAAGACGCUGCUGAAUCUUGUCUCGCAUUUAUCCAAGGACUCGACCAUUCAAUACAUACUGGUGCUGCUCGAUGAUUUGCUGCAGGAGGAUCGUGCACGCGUGGAUCUUUUCCACGAAACCUCUGGCAAGUUUAAGCAAUGUGUCUGGGGUCCAUUCCUCAAUCUGCUGAAUCGUCAGGAUGGCUUCAUUGUCAACAUGGCAUCUCGUAUUUUGGCCAAAUUCGCGUGCUGGGGUCAUGAGACCAUGCCCAAGGCAGACUUGAACUUCUACUUGCAGUUCCUGAAGGAUCAGUUGGGCAUCAAUAGCGCUGCAUAUCUGCAGGAGAAGGCCGAGCAGGCCAAGCGUGUGCAAACGAUUAUUGUGCACUCGCAUGGACAGCAUGGUAAAGAUCAUCAUGGCAACCAGUACAGUCCCUCUGUGGCCCUAAUGCAGCAACGCCACGAUCUGGCCAAUGAGAGUUACCGCGAGGUGCGCUCCACCGCCACUUCUGAUCAGGAUGGCAAGAGUCAUAUACCGAACAACGAGUACAUCCAAUCGGUGGCACGCUGCCUCCAGAUGAUGCUACGCGUGGAUGAGUAUCGCUUUGCAUUUGUCACCGUCGAUGGCAUCAGCACCUUGAUUCGCAUUCUAUCGACGCGUGUUAACUUCCAGGUGCAAUAUCAGUUGAUCUUCUGCCUGUGGGUGCUGACCUUUAACCCCCUGCUGGCUGCCAAGAUGAACAAGUUCAGCGUUAUACCCAUACUGGCUGAUAUACUGAGCGAUUGCGCCAAGGAGAAGGUAACGCGCAUCAUACUCGCCGUCUUCCGCAAUCUGAUUGAGAAGCCCGAGGAUUCAUCGGUGGCCAAGGAUCAUUGCAUUGCCAUGGUGCAGUGCAAAGUGCUGAAGCAACUCUCCAUCUUGGAGCAGCGUCGCUUUGACGAUGAGGAUAUUACCGCCGAUGUGGAGUAUCUGAGCGAGAAGCUGCAGAACUCUGUGCAGGAUCUGAGCUCCUUCGAUGAGUAUGCCACGGAGGUGCGCAGCGGUCGUCUCGAAUGGUCGCCCGUGCACAAGUCCGCCAAGUUCUGGCGCGAGAACGCCCAGCGUCUCAAUGAGAAGAACUACGAGUUGUUGCGCAUACUUGUGCAUUUGCUGGAAACCGCUACAGAUGCCAUCAUACUGUCCGUCGCCUGCUUUGACAUUGGCGAGUAUGUGCGUCACUAUCCACGUGGCAAGCACGUGCUGGAGCAGCUGGGUGGCAAACAGAUUGUCAUGCAGCACUUGGGCCAUGAGGAUCCCAAUGUGCGCUAUGAGGCAUUGCUGGCUGUUCAGAAACUGAUGGUACACAAUUGGGAAUAUCUUGGCAAGCAACUGGAGAAGGAUAACGAGAACCAAAAACAAGGCUCAGCGCCCAUUGCUGGCAAGGCCUAAAAGCAUGUUCAAUCAUUAGCCAGAGCAUCGCCAGCCGCCCUUAACACUUAACUAACAAUAAGAGGUUGGACGACAUCUUGGUCUGCUCCUGCCUCCAUCUUCCCACACACACACAACCAUCGUUUUCUUCUUGCUUAACGCAUGUGUUUUUUUCCUAAUAUUAAACUAAGUUCCGUUCGAAAACAAAUUUUUUACUUUGUGCUCUUUUAGCGAGAGAAUAUUUAGAGCAAGCGGGCGAGAGUAAAUACAUAUAUAUAUAUAUAUAUUAUUGUUUAUGUUUUGUUGUUAUUAUUGUUGCUAUAACUUUUAUGCGCCGCUGUACAGAGUUUGUCUCACAGUUUCUGCACACCUAAAAUAGUAAAUUUGUAUUAUAUGUCUUAACAACGGCGCUUAUAUAAAAAAGAAAAACAAAAACCAAUCAAAGUAUUUCUUUUCAGUAAAUCAAAAUGUAAGAAAUAACUGCAAUAUUAUUAAAUGUUAUUAAGCUUU